CUGUCAAAGUCAAAUGUUAUUUCAAAACAAAUAAAUUGGCCUUAUAAUCUUAUAAAUGUGCAAUAUUUCAAUUUGUAUAAUGUUAUUAACUUAAAGUUAUCAAUAUGCGACGAAGUUUAGCUCCAAGCCAAAUCGGGGCGAACGAUAGUGUGUUCAAAAGUCCUUUACUUAAUUCAUCGAAACGCAAAAAGCGGGAAUGUACGAAAAUACCACUCGCUCAAAAAUCUCUUUCUCAGUCUUUAUCUGCUUCAGAUCAUGAGAUUCUCAUAAAGCAGAUCUUAAACAAGCCUUUUAAAGUGCCCAUUCCGAAUUAUGUGUCGUCGUAUUGUGGUAAGAGUUUAGGAUUGAAACGAACUCAAGUGCGACGUGCCUUACACGAUCCUGAUGAACCCAACGCGUUGGUAUUGUAUCGACCACCAUAUAUUCCUGAACACGAGAAGAUGAAAAUGAAUGCAAACGAUAUAAAAGUCGCAGUGGUCGUCGAUCCUGUGUUAGGAAAUAUUUUACGACCACAUCAAAGGGACGGAGUUAAAUUUAUGUACGAUUGUGUGACUGGAGUACAGAUAGAGAAUGCUUACGGAUGCAUAAUGGCAGAUGAAAUGGGUUUAGGAAAAACUUUGCAAUGUAUUACUUUGUUGUGGACUCUGUUAAGACAAGGUCCUGACUGCAAACCAACUAUAACUAAAGCAAUCAUUGUUUGUCCAAGUAGUUUAGUUAAGAACUGGUACAAUGAGAUAGGAAAAUGGCUCGGUCAAAGGAUAAAUGCCCUGCCAAUGGAUGGUGGUAGUAAAGCUGAUAUUACACUCAAACUUCAACAAUUUAUGAACACAUUCACAGCUGGAAGAGUAGCUACACCUGUCUUAAUAAUCUCUUAUGAAACUUUUAGGAUAUACACAAAUAUUUUGCACUCCUCAGAAGUUGGUUUGGUACUGUGUGAUGAAGGCCACAGAUUGAAAAACAGUGAGAAUCAAACCUAUCAAGCUUUGAUGGGUUUAAAAGCAAAACGGAGAAUCCUUAUCUCAGGUACUCCUAUACAGAAUGAUCUGACAGAAUACUUCAGUUUAGUACAUUUUGUUAAUGAAGGUAUUUUAGGAACUGCACAAGAAUUCAAAAAGAAAUAUGAGAAUCAUAUCCUCAAAGGUCAGGAUGCUUUAGCUAGUGCUCAAGAAAGGGAAAGAGCGCAGGAAUGUCUGCAAACUUUGACAUCAAUAGUCAACAAAUGUAUGAUUCGUAGAACAAGUAACUUACUAACAAAAUACUUACCGGUUAAGUUUGAACAAGUUAUAUGUGUCAAAAUGACUCCACUCCAAACUCAAAUAUACAAGAACUUUAUAAACUCUGAUGCGAUUCGUAACAAAUUUGCAGGCAACGGUGAUAAAAACACAUUUACAACACUAUCAAGUAUAACAACACUAAAGAAGUUAUGCAAUCACCCAGAUUUAGUGUACGAUAAGAUUGUAGAGAGAUCUGAAGGCUUUGAAAAAGCUAAAGACUUAUUACCUGCUAAUUAUGAUAUAAAAGAUGUUAAACCUGAAUACUCCGGCAAAUUGAUGAUAUUAGAUUGUAUAUUAGCUAAUUUAAAAACAAACACAGAUGAUAAAAUUGUCUUGGUAUCAAAUUAUACGCAAACUCUUGAUCUAUUUGAGAAAUUAUGUCGUAAAAGAUGUUAUCAAUAUGUAAGGCUUGAUGGCUCAAUGACAAUAAAGAAGAGAGCUAAAGUUGUUGAAAGUUUUAAUGAUAAGGAUUCAAAAGAGUGGAUAUUUAUGCUUAGUUCCAAAGCCGGUGGGUGUGGUUUGAAUCUAAUUGGCGCGAACCGUUUGAUCAUGUUUGAUCCGGAUUGGAACCCAGCGAACGACGAUCAGGCGAUGGCUCGAGUGUGGCGCGACGGACAGAAGAAACCGUGUUAUAUAUACCGUUUACUAGCAACCGGUACUAUUGAGGAAAAGAUAUUCCAACGACAAGCUCACAAGAAAGCGCUCAGUGAUACUGUUGUUGAUCAAAAUGAGGAGUCAUUAAGACAUUUCACAUCUGAAGACUUGAAAGAUCUGUUCCGGUUAGAAGAGAACACAUUAUCGGACACACAUAGCAAGUUUAAAUGCCGAAGAUGUGUGAAUAACAUACAAGUGACAUUACCUCCGGAGAACUCGGACUGUACAUCAGAUCUGUCUAACUGGUACCAUUGUGCUGAUAAGAAAAAUUUAGCAGAUAUUGUUUUAAAACAAUGCUGGGAUCUUGCUAAGAGUAUAUCGUUUGUGUUCCAUCAUAGAUCAGCACAAGCCGAGGCUAAAGUGGAGACGGAAGAUAAGGAGAAUGUACAAGAGAAAAAGAGACGGAAAAUAGAAAUAGAUGAAGAUUACUCUGAACCUGAUGAUAGUGGUGAUGAAGACUACAAAUGAUUAUUUUGGCUGGUUUCCAUAAAAAAAUUACUUUUGCUAUAAAUAAUGUGAUAAAUUAUGAAACAAAUAUGUACACUUUUUUUUUU